ACUUGAAACAUGCGUGCCUUGACUGGGCAUGUAAACUAUAGAAUUUGAAAGUUUUGAUGUAUACUUUUUUAUAAUUUAUGAAAAAUUGACAAAUGAAACGAAAAUUGAAACGCUAUAUCUAUUAUUUUAGAUCAGCCAAUGAGUCAAUAUUAACAGAUGACUGCUAAACGUGCAACCAAACGAUGAAUUAUUUAAAUAAUUCAACAAGCGGAGUGACUGGUGAUUCUGGUCUACAAUUGAGCAAUGUUGAAGUGUUAUAUUCAAAGGUGCAAAGAGUUUACAUUAAACCACAGCAUAAAGAAGAACGUCAACGUGAACUUAGAGUUAAUGUAGAAAUACAUGCAGGUCUUAGCCCUGUAUGUCGUAAGAGCUUAUGUGUUCUAUUGGCAGAUGAUGAUGACCCCUGUUUCCUUUAUUCAUUAUUCAUCACAGAAGAUGAUUUUAAAGUUUUGAAAUCUCAACAAGGAUUAUUGGUUGAUUUUGAUAACUUUGCAACACAAUUAAUAUGUUUAUUAGAACAAUCCCAGAUACUGCCAUCAAACUUAUCAAAAACCCCACCAAAGUUUUUAUUAUUAUUAGCUGAAGAAAAUGGAGAAUGGAUAUUUAAACUAGUUGAAACAAAUAAUUUUAAGCAUUUAUGUCAUUUGAGUUUAAGUAUAUCACCUGCAAGUGAUUCUGAUUUAAAAACUCAUAUGGCCAUGAAAAUCAAACAAUUAAAAGAAAACAUUCAACAACAGAAUAGAGAUGCACUCACAUUGGAAACAAGAUUGAAUGAAUUAUCAAAUAAAGUAGAAACUAAAACAAGGGAAUUAGAACAAUUAGAACAAAAAUAUAUCACAGAAAAAAAUCAAAUACAAAUAUCUUCAUCUGAACAAAUUAGUUUAGAGAAAGACAGGUUUGCAAAAGCUCGAUUAGAGUGGCAAUGUCUAAAUGAAAAAGAGAAAAUUGAAACAGAACGUAGACACACAGAAACUGUAAAACAACUUCACACUGAACUCGCAGAAUUACGCACACAAAAUUUAACAUAUAAAGAUAAAUUAUCUCUUCUUGAAGCAACAAAUAUAGAGCAGAUUAAACAAUUACAAAAUCUUGAAAAAGAACUUAAUGUUGCUCAGAGAGAUCUGAAUUCACUGAAGAAACAAAAUUCUAAGCUGGACACGGAUUAUCAUGAAAAAGAUAAAGCAGUAAACAGUUUAAAAACAAAAGUUGCUGUACUUGAGCAAGAACUAAAAGAUAAAGCUAUACUUAUUAGUAAACAUACAGAAAUGUUAAAAACGGCGAAGGAACAAAAACAACAUCUUGAAGAUUUGUUAGCUGAAAAAGAUGGCCAAUUGCAACGUAAACAAAAUUCCUUGCGAAACUUAAGCGAUGAACUAGUUAAGGCUAAUGAAAUACUAACAAAAUUGCAAAAUGAGCUUGCUUCAACUAAAUCUAAAUUGAAAUUAAGAACUAGUAUAGCUCUUGAACAAGAAAGAUUACUGGAUACUAAACAAAAGGAAGUUGGUCAACUAGAAAGUAAAAUGGAAAGCUUAAUGAAGGAAACAAAAGAUGCAAAAGCUGAAGUAGAAAACUUGAAGGAACAGAUUAAAAUUCAACAGAAUCAAUUGGAAGAGAAAGAAAAGAUAAUAAAAAAUAAUGAUAAUGUAAUUAGUUGGUUAAAUCGGCGAUUAGCAGACAAUCAGUCUCCAUUACAAAGUGUUACUACAGCAGCAGUAACUGUACCUUCUUCAAUUCAAUUAACGUUACCUAGAACAAAUAAGUUAAUUACCACUAAAUAUGAAACACGUACACCAGUGCCUAGUACAGUGCAACCAAAUACAUUUUCUGGAUUGCCAUUAAGAAAUCCAGUUAUACAAAAUCCAAACAUUAAUCAAACUACACGCAUGACAGCAAGAUCUAUGGGUGUUGGUAUUACAGAUAGUACUAUAGGCAUAUCAACAUUUAACAAAAGUGGUCAAAUCUCAAGUACUAGUACACCUUUGGAACGUAUUAAUUCUCUAAAUAAAUUACCUGGAAAUGCUGCAGGUUCUUCCUCAAUGCCUGCUAUCGCAGAGAAUAAUAACCUACCUGUACCAUCAAAUGGUACAAAAACAAAAAGUACAAGUGCUACACUGCAGGGCGGAUUAAGAAGGGGAGGUUUGUCUGACAAACCAAUUUUGCCAUCUGCAUAUUUUCCAAAAACUUUACACUGAUCAAAGUGAGUAAAAUUGCCAGUAUAUAAUAUACAAAUAUCAAAGUGGUAACAUUGUUAUAGAAAGACAUUAGAUGCAAAUAAUGUUUCAAGUUUCAUGUUGAAAUACAGUACAAACUAUAUACAGAGAAUAAUAAUAUUAGGGAGAAUACUAGGUAUUAUAACUUAAAGAUAUCUUUAUAAGUUUAUGUGCAUGUAUUAUAUAAAAAUAAUGCAUAUACAUAAGAUUUUACAUUUCAGUUUUAAGUAUUAUAAAUACAUAAGAGUUACAUAAAAAUUAUAUCGAUUUGUACUUUUGCACGUAAUUUGUACCUGUGUCGAUUAUAUUAGUAUUCAUAAAAAAACUGGAUAUUGCAGAAAAUCAAGAAAAAGGAUUAUGCAUUAGUAAUUACAAGCACAUGACAGUUUGUCAGUAUUGUAUCAAUUAUAAUGCUUUUACUAUUUUAAACUCUGUAAUAUGUAUUAUAACUUAACUAUUUUAUAGCUCAAAAGAACAAAAUGCUAUGUAAGCAUACUUAAUAUUUUUUCACAAGCUGAACGAAUUAAAAGUAAUUCGUAAAUGUGAAGUUAUAAAAAUACAUUUUAUGUUUUAAAUAAGUACCUGGUGAAAUUUCAAUUAUAGAGAUUAAAGACUAUAUAAAUAUUAUACUUGUUAUAAAUCUUGUGAAACUUUUAAUCUUUGGCUAUAACAAAUAAAUAGUUAGGGUUGAGGAAAUUAAAGUGCCUUAUUAAUACAAGUUAGACUAGAAAAGUUCAUCUCACUUAUUUUAAAUUUAUACUUAGCAAAAUUCGUUAAAUUGUGUUGUUUUUAUAGAAUUAAUAUAUUUUUUAAAUCUGAAAUGUAACAAAAAACUACAUGAACAUUAGCAAAUUAUAAUAAAUAUGACAAGUAGAUAGUAAUUUGUGUAUGCGAAUGUUGUAUAAAGUGCAUUUUACUUGACUAAUACAACAUAUAAUAGUUUUACUAUAGAACUUCGAUAUCUAUGAUUGGUGUGCACGCAUUCGCGUAUUAAAGAGAGUUUCAAACUAGAAAUUUAUCUACCAGAAAAAUAUCGAAGUUCUACUGUACUUCUGGCAUUUUUGUUUAAUAUUAUUUAAUAAUGAAAUCAAACUAAUGCAAACAAAUUUUGGAUUAAAAAUAAUACACGAUAAAAUGUUGAUUUUCCGAAAAUAUAUCAAAUUAGUGAAAUGCAACAAUUUAAU